AUGACUAUAAAUGAUGAUGAAAUAACUCCAGAUCUUAUUAAUGAACCAUUCCAAUAUCCUUCUGAGUCACCGAUAUAUGACAAUUCAAACAUUUAUCCAUCAUCAAUCUCUGACAAUGAUAUCAAAUCGAGUUCAGAGCAAAUGUUCGUCGACGAUUCAGACAUAAAUUCAGAACCAGUACCCAUAGAUAUUAAUGAAUCCAAUACAUCUCCAGAAUCAAUACGUACCGUUAAGAGCAUUAGUUUACAUGAUGAUGAUGAUCAUCAUCAUCAGAAAGAAAAAGCUUCAUCGAUUUCGAUCAAACCCGUACCUUUAACAUCAUCAAUGAUUGCAAAAACCAUACAUGAACAACAAGAACAAGUCGAAGAAUCACUUUCCAAACCAAGAAAAUUUACCAUUCAUUUUCCUGAUGGUGAACCGACAAAUCAUUUUUGGAGAGGUGAAAAAUUGUACGAACAACUUAAAAAAAUAUUUGAUGACAAGGAAUAUGACUUGAAUAGUUUUGUUGUUGUGGACAACAAUCAAAUAUUUAUUGAUUUUAUAAACAAUAGCCGACUUCCACGCCUACUAACACUUCAAUAUCAUGUUAUUAACAAAGAUUUGUUGAUUCCAAUUUAUUUUCAUUAUAAUAAUAAUUCAUUCAGAUAUUUGAUAACAUCAAAUUGUAAAAUUGUGGAUAUCAUUAAUCAUUUUAUUGGUGAAAAUAAUCUUCGAUCGACAUCAUCCGAUGUAUAUCUUUGUUUCUUUGAUAAACUGGGAAAAAUUAUUGAAGAUGGGGAAAUAAAAAAUAUUUUUCAAAUGACUAAUAAUCUACCACCUUUUCAUGUAACUGUCGAAGAAAUGAUAAGUAGCACAAAUACACUAUGUGAAAUCACUAUUCAAUGGCCAAAUGGUAAAUAUAUGUUAGCAUUCAAACUAAGUUUACAUUCGAUAUUGCUUUAA